UUGGAAGUUCAUUUUAGGUGAAUUGAUUUGUAUUUUAGCUUACUUUCCCAUUAUUUAUUUUCUUAGACUUUAUUCUCAUUUUAAAAUGUCUUCAAAGAUUCUAAAGGUAGGCUUAAUGCUUUCCAACAAACAGCAAUCAAUUAAGGACAGUGUUACUAUGUUUGCUCAACAAGUUCUUCCAAUUAAAAGUGUCUUUCCGUUGGACUUUAUUAAAAAGGCACAAUCUGUUGGACUGCUUAACACGACGAUUCCAACUCAAUUCGGUGGACAGGGACUGAACGUGUGUGACCACACUUUUCUCAGUGAAACCAUUGGUUAUGAAUGCUCCAGUGUUGGAACCGCUAUUUUGGGCAACGAUCUGGCUGCUACUCCUUUAAUUAUUGCUGGAAAUGAUGACCUUAAAAAGAAGUAUUUGGGCAUGUUGGUUGAAGAGCCUCUCUUAUCGGCAUAUUGUUUGCCAGAAUAUGAUGGCAAUGAUUCCCGACCUAAAAUAGAGGCAGUCAAGAAACGGAAUGAAUGGGUGCUUAAUGGAGCUGAUGUUUGGGUGACCAAUGGUGCAGCUGCUUCUCUAUUCAUUGUCAUUGCCCGUACUGACUUUAAUCCUGAGGCUAGAAUUGACAAAUCGUUUACCGCCUUUGUUGUUGAUGGUAAUUCCAAAGGUCUUUUUCGAGGAGAAAAGAAAGGUACUUUUGGUCAACAAUGUAUGAAUGCCCGAACAAUUACUUUUCGUGAUGUUGUGGUUCCCUCGACAAAUAUUAUUGGAUCUAUUGGCGAUGGAAUGAAAAUCGCAAAGAUGACUUUUGACAAAACUGGACCAGUUAAAUCUGCAUUCGCUAUUGGACUUGCUUACAGAGCUUUGGAUGAGAUUGCAGAUUAUUCACUGGAAGGGAAAGCUUGGACUGAUCCCAAUGUAUUUUUUUUAACAUUAUCUUCAUAUUUGUUUAGUGAGGCUUGUUAA